GCCCGAGACAGAGACAGAGACGGCGCGGCGACGAGCAAGCCCUAGGCGACGACGCGGCGGCGAACCCCAUCUCACCGUCGCUGGAUUCGGGCUCUCCCCGGCGACCCGGCCAUGUCCACCAAGAGGGUUCUUUGUAAGUUCUUCAUGCAUGGAGCUUGCUUGAAAGGAGACUACUGUGAGUUCUCCCAUGACUGGAGUGACCAAUCAAAUAAUGUUUGCACCUUUUACCAGAAAGGCUCAUGCUCCUAUGGUAGCCGUUGCAGAUAUGAUCAUGUCAAAGUUUCUCGUAAGAACCCAGUGCCUCCACUACCAUCAUCAAGUACUGCAGCACGUAAUUCCCUAGCGCCUCUGCCACCAUCAUCAAAUACCGCAACACGUGUUGCAUCUACUUCUCUACAACUCUUAAGUCCUGGACGUCCUCUUCACUUGGGACACCAAACAAAUUCAAGCAACCAAAGACAACAGGUAUCUACAGAUUUGCUGCCACUUUCUGGAAGUAAGCCUGCAUGGAAGAAUGAGGUCCAACUUGUAGAGGACGGGAUUGACUGGUCGUUCAAUCAAACUGAGCAAAACCAAACUUCCAUCAAACUUGCUGAUAUGCCAAUUUGUUCUUUUGCUGCUGCUGGUAACUGCCCAUAUGCGGAAGAGUGCCCUAACAUGCAUGGAGAUAUGUGCGCAGUCUGUGGGAAAAUGUGCUUGCAUCCCUAUCGUCCCGAUGAGAGGCAGGAGCAUAUCAAGCUAUGUGAAAAGAACCAUAAGCGUCUUGAGGCUUUGAAACGUAGCCAAGAAAUAGAAUGCAGUGUCUGCUUGGACCGUGUGCUCUCAAAGCCUACUGCCGCUGAAAGGAAAUUUGGGCUGUUAUCUGAAUGUGAUCAUCCCUUCUGUAUUUCAUGCAUUAGAAAUUGGCGUGGCAACUCUCCUUCAUCUGGUAUGGAUGUGAACUCAGCACUGAGGGCUUGCCCAAUAUGUCGCAAACUAUCCUACUAUGUCAUUCCAAGUGUUCUUUGGUACUUUUCGAAGGAGGAAAAGCUGGAGAUAACUGAAAACUACAAAGCAAAGCUCAAGUCUAUAGAUUGCAAGUACUUUGAUUUUGGAACGGGUACUUGCCCCUUUGGGACUAGCUGUUUCUACAAGCAUGCUUACAGAGAUGGCCGCUUGGAAGAAGUUACACUGCGACAUCUUGAUUGUGAUGAUGGAAGUACACUUAUUGCUAAGAACAUUAGAUUGUCAGACUUCCUCAGUCGAUUGCAUCUAUAGGGACCAGCAGCUGUAUAUAUUAUCAAAUGUAAGAUCUUUUGAGGGGCAUUCUGGGAUUUUGCUAUCUACCAAACAUGUGAAGUCUUCUGAAGGCAUUGGUUUAAACUGAGGCAUCUUCGAAAAGUGUUGCUUUAUUAACUCCAAUUUUGGUGGUUGAUUUGUCGUCAGUCAUACAAA